AUGGGUCUUUGCUAAUCUACUUAAUCUACUCUUAAACUCCCUCGUAUACCUGCCUAAAAGCAUAUAUAGAUUAAUUUUCAAAAGAUUAAAGAAUACGAAAUCCAAUACACUUGUAGAGAAAGAUUUUAAAAAAAACAAUCUACUGAAGGUUUCUCACCUCUAAACAAUGUAUUAAAAUGA